AUGGUUAUUCUCGGUCUCGCCACAGCUCUGCUGUCCCUCGGUGCCACGCUGUCAGCAGCAGCAGCCGCGCCAUCCGUCGCGCCGCGCGAAUCGGCGCAGAAGGCAUCCAGCAAAUGCUCCAACGUGCAAUUCAUCGUCUCAGCCACGGCGCAAAACGUCAAGUUCGUCUCGCCCCCCGACCCAAAAAACGCCACGGCCAUCCUCGCGUUCCUCGGCCAGGCGCUCUCGACGGGCGUGCCGACCAACGGCACGCAGACCGUCAGCGGCGACUGGAUCAUCAACGGCGUCUACUGCAAGCCGACCGUCACCACACGGCCCGGCGGCGGCGUGCUGCAGUUCCUGGUGCACGGCUCCCUCUACGACAAGAGCUUCUGGAGCGGCGUGGGCCAGGGCGCCCUGUACGACUACCAGGCGUUUGCCAACCUCGCGGGCUACCACACACUGGCCAUCGACCGCCUGGGCCACGGGUCCAACCCGCAGCGCCCCGACCCGGUCGACGUCGUGCAGCCGUCGCUCAGCAUUGAGAUUAUCCACCAGAUCAUCGCCGCCAUCCGCGGCAACACCGAGAGAAACGCCCUCGACCGCGGGUUCAGCAAGAUUGCCUACGUCGGCCACUCGCACGGCUCCAUGCUCGGACAGGGUCUCGCAGCGCGGUACCCGUCGGACGCGGACGCGUCGGUCCUCACGGGGUACAGCCAGACACCGAACCUGGUCAAGUUUGCCGAGAACAAACUCGGUCCAGCCGCAGUUCUGCGCCCGACGCAGUACGCCGGGCAGCCGCUCGGGGAGCUGGUGUCUGUGAACGGGACGACCUUCAUCGCGGGCUUCUACGGGCCGGCGGGCUCGUUUGACCCGGCUGUGGCGCGCGCCGACGUCGCGGUGCAGGCCACAACGUCGGUCGGCGAGUUGAUCGGCGCCCAGAUCCUGGGGCCUGCGCCUGCUUAUGUGAACCCUGUGCUGGUUGCUACCGGCGUCAACGAUAACUACUUCUGCGCCACGCCGGUUGCUGCGUGCAACACCAUCCUCGCCAAUGUUCACUCGGCCGUGUUUCCGAAUGUGGCCAAGUUCGAGUAUACGGCGAUUCCGUUUACCGGGCACGUCAUGCAGCUGAGCUACUCGGCGCCCGUGACGGCGCUGCGCAUCCAGGUGUUCCUCGACAAGUUCUUUUGAUCUGGUGGUGUGAUUAGCCAAGGUGGUUUGGGCUGUCUGAGAAAUGCUUCUGGGUCCAGGGAUGUCAGUCCUCAAGUUUGUUGUAAUUAGAGUCUUUUGGAACUGGGAAUUAUAGAUUGUAAUAGGCGAACAGACUCACAACAUUCAGCAAAA